UUGACACAGCUACAUCGGCAGGGUCGCAACGUUUUCUGGCUGUUUUUACGUUGCUUGGACGAGAUGUUUGGGUUUUCCCAACAUGCGAAAAAACUAUAAGAUCGACUAAAAGUGUCCCGUUUGCUUCGGCCAGUCAUGGAUUCGGCGUUUGAGAGGCACCGCUCGGAGCUGGUGGCCCGGGAGAGGAGCGGACACACGGCUGUGGUGGAGGACAACCGGCUGUAUGUGUGGGGAGGCUACAUGUCAAUUGCUGAUGAUGAAAUUCUCCUACCCAAUGAUGAAAUCUGGGUAUACGACUUACAUCAAGGUGUAUGGGAAGUGUUUCACAUGACAGGGGAAGUCCCUCCCUCCAUGUCUGGGACCUGUGGCUGCUCCCUGAAUGGACACAUGUACAUUUUUGGAGGUUGUGAUGACAAUGGACAGACCAAUCAGAUCUAUUGUGUCAACCUGACAGACGGUAAAUACACGUGGAAGAAGAUCAUACACGAGACUGGUUCUGCUCCCUCGCCUCGAGACAAACUGUCCUGCUGGGCUUAUAAAGGACGGAUAAUCUAUUUUGGAGGAUACGGUCACAAACUACUGACUGAUGUUGAUAGCAGGAACAGAAGCUUCAUUGUAGAUGAAGCAGCAUGGGUGGAGGAUGUCUUCUGGGGAUGGAACAACGAGGUUCAUGUAUUAGACCCCACGCAAGCCAGUUGGAGUGAACCGCAAAUCCAUGGCCGUGCUCCUGCGCCCAGGGCUGCGCACGCCAGCGCCACACUUGGGUGCAGGGGAUACAUUUGUGGAGGCAGAGUCAUGGAAACCAGGACAAGUGACAUUCACUGCCUGGACCUUGAAUCAUGGACAUGGUCAGAAAUAAUCCCGGUGUCCACUACUCCAGUGGGCAGAUCGUGGCAUACACUCACAGCAGUAUCAGACGGCACCUUGUUCCUGUUCGGAGGUCUCAGUUUAGACUGCAAACCAAUGAGUGAUGGGUGGUUGCUUGAUGUUGAAACAAAGAAAUGGAGAGAAGUCAAGCAUCCCUAUAAGAAUAAGCCAAGGUUGUGGCACACAGCGUGUCCAGGGAAAGACUCUGAUGUGAUUGUGUUCGGUGGAAGCUGUGACUACAUCCUCCUUGUUGACACUGGUCACUGCAAUGAUGCGCUCGUUUUCCAGAUGCAACCAUAUCCUCUAUUCAGGAUUUGUGAGGAUUACGUUGCAGAGAAUGUGAGGAACCAUGAGAUGCUGAGAAAUCAGCUUCCCCUCCUGCCUCCCAAAUUACUCACAGCAGUACAGAGGAGGACGUCUUUCUACAGACCUUCAAAGAAGCAACAGUAAUAAUUAAAAGAAUGUUCUAAAUGCCAAGAACAAUGCAAUAUCAUACUUUUUUUUUAAUUUAAGCACUCCCUUCAGUGUGAACAUCUCACUCACACCGUGGGGAAGAAUUUUUAUUUUUAAUAUAUAUACUGUGCAGAACGUUUUAUGGUGUCAUAUUUUAUUGUUUAUUGUGAAACACUCGGACAAACCUUUCCUGUGAGGACUGCGAUGAUUAAAUGACACAUUGAAACAUU